AAGUUAACCUUUUCUACGAUCCUUAAUAGAGGUCUGCAUUGUUGCAAAGACAACAGAUCACAAAAGGGGUUUUGUUUACAUGAGUAAAACCCUAUGAUAUGUUAAAUCCAGCUCAAUGCUUCAGUUGCCUCUCCGCUCUCUAUGGCGCAGUUGAGUUAUGGUGUUCGCGCUAUUGCUAACAUAUUCAGAGCAGUCUAUCCUAGUGGAAUAGUUGGAAGCACCAGAGGUAGAGCAUUUUCGUCUUUAGCAGCAGAAGGAGAAAAUGUUUCACAAAAUGCUGAUGAUAUUCUUGUAAAAGAUGAAGAUUUACCCCUGUAUAAACGCAUAUCUCGUUUGGGCCGUCAGCGUCUGAGUGUUGCCCCAGUGUUGGACGAAUGGCUGAAGAAAGGCCAUAAGCUCAAGAAAUUAGAGGUUGAAGACAUUAUUAAAGCGCUUCGCAAGUUUAGCAGAUACAAGCAGGCUCUUGAGGUUUCAGAAUGGAUGGAUGGCAAUAGAGGACUUAGAUUGGGUUUGAGUGACUUUGCCAUCCGCUUAGACUUGAUAGCUAAAGUUCGUGGCAUAAGCAGUGCUGAGAACUAUUUUAAAGAUCUUCCUGAGAAAGCCAAGAACCAAAAAACAUAUGGUGCACUUCUGAACUCUUACGUAGGGAAUAAACUGACUGAAAAGGCAGAGGGACUUAUGGUAAAGAUUAAGGAAUCUGGUUUUGCUUUGAAGGCACUUCCAUACAACAACAUGAUGACUCUUUAUAGGGCAUUAGGUCAGCCAGAGAAAGUACUAUCUUUGAUACAAGAUAUGAAGGUUGAUAAUAUUUUACCUGAUUCAUUUACUUACAAAAUUUGGAUGAACAGUUGUGCUGACCUUUCAGACAUUAAUGGAGUGGAGAAAGUAUUAGAUGAAUUGAAACAUGAUGGCAGAUUCAAAUAUGAUUGGUCCAUAUAUAGUAACUUGUCAGCCAUUUAUAUCAAAGAGGGGUUAAUUAAGAAAGCACAGGAUGCCUUGAAAGAAACAGAGCACAAGAUUUUCAUGAAGAAGGAUCGUGAUGCUUAUAAGUCCCUUAUUAUCAUGCAUAGCAAGCUUGGUGAUAAACCUAAGGUAUAUUCAGUGUGGAAGAAAUUUGCAAGAGUCUUUCCUAAGAGGACCAACACAGACUAUAUAUGUAUGCUUACUGCAUUGGUGAAGCUAGGGGACAUCAAGGGAGUUGAGAAGUGUCUUAAAGGAUGGGAAUAUGAUGGCCUGAGUUAUGAUAUCAGAGUGCCAAAUGUAUUAAUUGGUGCUUAUCUUACUGAAGGAAGGAUAAAAGAGGCAGAAUCACUUCUUCAACAUGCCCAGAAAAAAGGAGGCAAACCAGAUUACAAAACAUGGGAUAUGUUUGUGGAUGGAUAUCUAAAGCAAAAUCAAACAGAUGAAGCUAUAGGGGCCAUGAAGAAAGCUUUAGAAAAGGUAAAAUAUGGUCAAUGGCAGCCUGAACCUGGAAAGGCACUUGCCAUUCUAAAUCUUUUUGAGGUAUCAGGUAAUAUUGAUGGUGCAGAGGAUAUGUUUAAAAGGCUGAGAAAAGUUGACCAUGUUAACACAGAUACUUACAACUCAUUGAUCCGUACACACAUUCAAGCUGGCAAAUCCCCUUCUCAAGUGUUUCAGCGCAUGGAAUUGGAUAAAAUUGAACCUAAUGAGGAAACUGAUCGCCUACUUAAAUGGUGAAUCUUGAACAUUUUUAACCAUAAUGGGCUGUGGGCCUGUGAUAAGUAAAGAUACUAUGUGGCUACAACAUUCAAUUCAAAAUUUUACCAGUUUUCUCUCUAGAUUUCGUUUCACCUUUCAAUUUGAGAUAAUAAUCAAUAGUAUUUUCAACUUGUUUCUGUAAAGCACUUCAAAGUUUCAACAGUGGAGAUCUAAAAUGCAAUGGGCAAAACCUUGAUUUAUGUAGCA